CGCUUUGAGACUCCAGACAGAACUCAGUCGUUGAAUGUGUAAGUCAGUUUAGAGGUGUCUUUCAUUUGAGCAAGUUUGCUAGUUAUAACAUGUAUUGGAUUUGAAUACAUGUGCGCGCGAAACAAAUCAAGAUAAUAUUGGCAUGCGAAUACGAUUGUGAAAGUGGAACAAGAAAAAGCACUUUUAAGAGAAAAGUAGAUAGCAAGAUACGGAAAGCUAGAGCUAUUAGCUAGCACUAGCUACUGUAGAUUAGUUGAUAAGAAGAAACGAUCCUGUGUGUAACCGACUGCCCUUCUUUCAACAAAUACAAAUUGGGAAAGUCACGAAAUGGGAGAUUACGGUGGACAACCACGUUCAGGAUAUGAACGUUUGACAGCCGAGGAGAUGGAUGAACAACGCAUCCAAAAUGUGGCUUACCAAUACCUUUGCCGUUUGGAGGAGGCCAAGAGGUGGAUGGAAGCUUGUCUGCAUGAGGACCUGCCGUCCCCAACAGAGUUGGAGGAGGGCCUGAGAAAUGGGGUUCUGCUGGCCAAGCUGGGCCACUGCUUUGCUCCUAAGAUAGUCCCUCUCAAGAAAAUCUACGAUCUGGACCAGGAACGCUACAAGGCCCUGGGACUGCAGUUCCGCCACACGGACAACAUCAACCACUGGCGCAGUGCGAUGGUGGAUGUCGGACUGCCAACGAUGUUCCACCCCGAGACAACGGACAUCUACGACAAGAAGAACAUGCCCAGAACUGUGUACUGCAUCCACGCUCUCAGCCUCUAUCUGUUCCGUCUUGGGUUGGCCCCACAGAUCCAUGACCUCUGUGGCAAGGUCAAAUUUACAGAGGAGGAGAUAAACAACAUGAAACGGGAGUUGGAUAAAUAUGGCAUCCAGAUGCCCGCCUUCAGCAAGAUUGGGGGAAUUUUGGCCAAUGAGCUGUCGGUGGACGAGGCUGCUGUCCAUGCCGCAGUCAUAGCUAUCAACGAGGCUGUGGAGAGGGGACACGUGGAGGACACUACCCAGGCCUUGCGUAAUCCCAACGCCAUGCUGGCAGACCUACAGGAGCACAUGAUGCCCAUCUACCAGGAGAUGCUGCGCCAGGCGCGGGCACAGAAGGCCGCUCUCUCCUACACCAAGCGCAAUGGUUCCCAGGAGAAGGAUAUUUAUGAAGAGUAUCUUACUCAGAAUGAGAUCCAAGAUAACAUCAACAAAGUAAAUGUGCGUGCAGCCAUAGAGCAAGUGGAUGAGGCACUGGAAUGCGGGGAAGUGCUGUCCCUCCUCUCUGCCCUCCAGAAGCCCUGUCUGGCCCUCAGGGGCCUCCACAGAGACCAUGGGCCCUGGUACCUGGACCAACUGGCUUCUGACCGCGAACAGAAAGCCUUGAACCUAGGCUGUGUGGACCCUCUUGAGCGGGAAGAGCUUCAGGAGGGUGUGUGUGUCGCCAACGAGGAAGCUCAGCGCGCCCAGACAAUGCAGGGGGCUGUGAGCUGCAUCAACGAGGCGCUACGUCGCGGUGAUCCCAGGCAGACGCUCCGCGCCCUCAUGAACCCCGACGCCCACCUUCCUGACGUGUACCCCUUCGCCUCGGUGCUCUACCAGAGUGAGCUGGUCCCUCUGCAGCGGAAGAGCCCUGAGGGGGAGCUGCAGCAGGAGGAGCUGUAUGUGGCUGUGGAGAUGCUGUCUGCGGUUGCCCUCAUCAACCAGGCCGUGGAGGCUAAAGACGUAGGGGCCUUCUGUGCCACACUGAUAAGCCCGGCCGCUGGGCUGGCAGACAUCGACGAUAGCUUGGUUCAGAGGUACUUUGAAGAGCUGUGUGAGCAGAAGAGGCAGGCGGGCAGAGCCCUGCUCACCUGGAACCAGCUGCAGGGAGGACUCAAUGGCGUCAACGCCGCAGCGCAGGACGAACACGACCAGAUCCUCACCAUCAGCCUGAUCAACCAGGCUCUGUGUCGGGGAGACCCCCAUAAGACCCUGGCUGCCUUACUGCUGCCCUCCAGUGGCCUGCAGGAGGUGGAGCCGGCCAACGCUCACCACUACCACGAUGUGCUGACCAGGGCCAGGCAGCACAAGGCCAAGGUUCACCGCGAUCCCGGUGCCGAGCUGUGGUUGGCUGACAUUCAGGAAGGAGUGAGGCUAGCCAAUCAACACAGUCAGAAAGCUCUAAAGAUGUCCCUGGGCUUGGCGGCGGUGAACCAGGCUGUGAAGGAGGGCAAGGCGGCGCAGACCCUGCGAGUCCUGCGUCUGCCAGAGGUGGCACUGCGCAGCGUGGUGGAUGUGUGUGCUGCAGGCUACCAGGCUGAACUCUUUGCCUUGCUCAGGGCGAAGGCAGCGGGAGGUGACAACCGCAGCCCGUGGCUGAGGACCAAGACUGGGGAUGGCAGCUCCUACUACUUCCACCUGAAGAAGCUGGAGGGCACCUGGGAGAGACCCCAGGGCUUCGAGCAGAGCAACAUCUUCCUGGCCCAUGACGAGAUCCAGGCUGUGCUGAGCAGUGUCACGGCAGCCCACAGCAAAGAGGUCCAGUGGAAGGCCAGCGAGGGGCUGGUGGUGCAGCUGCAAGCCAGGGCGCGGGGCUUCCUCCUCAGGCAGACCCUGGGGGCUCGCCUGCACUUCCUCAACACCCAGCUACCAGCUGUUAUCACCAUCCAGUCCCACUGGAGGAGGUUUGUGCAGCAGAGGGCCUACAGAAACCGACUGCAGCACCUCUAUCUCAACUGGAGGGCCGUUGUCAAGAUCCAGGCCACUGUGAAGAUGUGGCUCACACGGAGCAGAUACCGCGCUCGCCUUCGCUUCUUCCGGCGCCAUGUGGGCGCCAUUGUAAGGAUCCAGGCCUUCUUCCGUGCGAACAAGGCCCGUGAGGAGUACAGGAUGCUGGUCCACUCCGCUACCCCUCCCCUCUCCGUGGUGCGGAAGUUCGCCCACCUGCUGGAGAUGGGCGACAGCGACAUCCGCCAGGAGGGCGAGCUGCUGCGCCUGAGGGAGGAGGUGGUGAGGACCAUCCGCUCCAACCGCCAGCUGGAGGCCGACCUCGACCUCAUGGACCUCAAGAUCGGCCUGCUGGUCCGCAACCGUGUCACGUUGCAGGAAGUGGUGUCCCACUGUAAGAAGCUGACCAAGAAGAACAAGGAGCAGCUGUCUGACAUGAUGGCCCUGGAGAAGAGCAAGGGCCUCAAGGCUCUGAGCAAGGACAAGAGGGACAAACUGGAGGCCUACCAGCACCUGUUUUACCUGCUUCAGACCCAGCCCCUCUAUCUGGCCCAGCUCAUCUUCCUGAUGCCCCAGAACAAGACAACGAAUUUCAUGGAGACCGUCAUCUUCACGCUCUUCAACUACGGCUCCGACUGCAGGGAGGCCUACCUGCUACUACAGCUCUUUACCGCAGCCCUGCGCCAUGAGAUCAAACUGAAAGUGGACCAGCCCCAGGAGGUUGUGAUGGGGAACCCCACGGUCAUCAAGAUGCUGGUGAGUUUCUACCGCCACGCUCGCGGUCACAAUGCGCUCAAGGAGAUCCUAGGCCCGGCCAUCCUGGAGGUGCUGCAGGAUCGCUCCAUCAGCAUCCGCACAGACCCAGUGGAGAUCUACAAGAGCUGGGUCAACCAGACGGAAACCCAGACUGGCCACAGGAGCUCCUUGCCGUACGAGGUGAGCGCCGAUCAGGCCCUGGCCCACCCCGAGGUGCAGCGUCGCCUGGACAUCUCCAUCGUCAACCUCAAGAACCUGACGGACCGUGUUCUCAAUGCCAUCACCAGCAACCUGCACAAGCUGCCGUAUGGAAUGCGCUACACUGCCAAGGUCUUGAGAGAUGCUCUGCAUGAAAAGUUUCCACAGGCCAGUGAUGAAGAGCUUUAUAAGAUCGUGGGGAACCUGGUGUACUACCGCUACAUGAACCCGGCAGUGGUGGCGCCCGACGGCUUCGACGUGGUGGAGUUCUCGGCGGGCUCCGCCCUCCUGCCCGAGCAACGCCGGAUCCUUGGCUCCAUCGCUCGUGUCCUGCAGCACGCCGCCGCACACAAGCACUUUCACGGGGACAGCGCCCACCUGCGCUCCCUCAAUGAAUACAUCACCCUGACCCACGCCAAGUUCAGAAAGUUCCUGCGCUCUGCGUGUGACGUGCCAGAGCCGGGGGAGCGCUUCAACAUCGAUGAGUACUCAGAGAUGGUCAUCCUCAACAAGCCUGUCAUCUACAUCUCCAUCAGCGAGCUGCUCAACACACACAAGCUUCUCCUGGAGCAUCAGGAUUCCUUGUGCCCAGAUCCCUCUGAUCCCCUGCUGGCCUUGCUGAGCGACCUGGGCAAGGUCCCCACCAUCCAGGCCCUAGUUGGGGAGGGUGUUGUCAGCCCAGGAGACCCCCUGACUGAACAGACCUUGGCCCAGUACAGCAAGAUGGAGGUGUCUCUCACCCUCACCAGCAAGUUUGACAUCUUCAGGGGCUCUGAUGACCGGCAGGACUCAAGAGCGAUCCUCCUCAGCACCAAGCAGCUGAUCAUCGAUGUGAUCCGGGCCCAGUCUGGAGACACACUCAGUGAGGUGCUGCGAGCCUCCACCUCCCAAGACCAGGAGGCGCAGCACGGCUGGAUGAUGCAGCGCCGGGCCCAGCGAGACGCCCGCACCCCGGAGAAGAUGAAGCGGAACCAGUCGCUGGUUGCCGACGGCAACCUGUCGCUGGAGGAGAAGAAGAGGAAGAUCCAGAGGAGCCUCCGCCGAUUGGAGAGCCUGGGGGUCCUGACUCCGCCCGACUCCGAGACUCAGAUACUGCAGCUCAUAUCCAAGGACAUUCGCCACCAGCGGCUCUACAGGCAGCGUCGACAGGCAGAGCUGGUGAAACUGAGACAGACCCUCGGCAGUCUUCACAGCAAGAGCUCCUUCCACAGUGAACAGGUGGACUACUACAGCCAGUACAUCACCACCUGCCUGGACAACCUGACAGCCAAGCACAGUAAGGCCAAUGGGAAGAAGGCAUCGGAGGGAAAGGGCAAGAAGAGCAAGCAGGCCACUCUGACCUACACUGCUGCCCGUCUACAUGAGAAAGGAGUCCUGCUGGAGAUCGAAGACCUGCCGGUCACACAGUUUAAAAAUGUGAUCUUCGACAUUGUGCCCAGUGAGGAAGGGGGCACGUUCCAGGUGAAGGCUCGGUUCAUGGGAGUGGACAUGGAGAAAUUCCCUCUGAAAUAUCAGGACUUGCUGCAGCUGCAGUAUGAGGGUGUGGCCGUGAUGAAGAUGUUUGGCAAGGCCAAGGUCAAUGUCAACCUCCUCAUCUUCCUCCUCAACAAGAAGUUCUUUAAAAAGUGAGGAGUCAUCCAAAGAUUGGAGGGGCCUUCUUGAGAGGUUCCUCCUACUGAAACCUGCAAAGCACCAUCACCUUCUCACACGGCAAAUUGCUUUCAGGUCUUUUAGAGUACAACAUUGCUUCAUUUUGUUUUGGAUCUAAGCUUACAGUAUGAUUUUUUUAAUGUACAUCAACACUUAUGAAACUGCAUGCAGUUUUUUUUGCUAUAUCUGAAACCAGAUGUUCAGAAUGUGGUCAGUCAGGAUGAUGAGGGUUUAUAUCUUGAAGCAGUGGUGCUCUAGUUUUUUGCAAAAGCACAAAAUGUGCACCAAAGGCGUUGAGAAUGAGUUUCGUUUGAUUCCUUGAUAUGUCUUUUGCAUUGAAGUUCACACUCCUCCAGUACAAUAGCUUUGUUUUGUUUUUUACAAUGUGCAGCUGUUUUUUAAAUCUUGAAAUAUAUUAGAGAAGCUUUUUUUAAAUAAGGGAUUUUUAAUCAAAAGGUGUGUGCAACAGUUUUUACAUGCAGUAUUCAAUCUCUGUGUAUUCCUUUAUCUGUUAUAUAAAAAAAAAGUUUAAUCCCCCAUUGAUGUUACACAACAACGGUCUCCUAAUCGUAUUUCCAGCCGGCUGGUUGUGCCUGCCUGCACCCCUUCAACGACUCCCUGAGCGUCUUCUCAUGCAUUAUGUAGAGAUAGUGUUUAAAUAGAAACACUCCAGCCUGUACUGUACAGGCGCAGGCUACUGUUGCACACAGGUUUUGUGUAUUUGCAUCUCUUUUAAACGGUCUUGAUGCAACUACUUGAUACCAUUACACUCUAAAGCCAUUUUCUGCAGAACGUAACAUUGCAGAGCAUAACAUUUUGUUUGUCUGCUAUUCAAAUGGGAUUCAGGAUAUUGCAACAGAAUUAUGUUCUGUUUUGGGGGUCUCUGGUGUGUGUCGUGCAUGAGGAUAAGUGUAUACACAGAUUUGUUAAUGGGGUGUUUUUUUUUGUUUGUUACUGGAAGUAAACCUUUGACCCUGGUAACCUUUGACCUAAUCUCUUGCUCAGUUAAUGUAAAUAUUUUCUGUCUUUUUGUGUUUCUAUGUACCUCUGCUUUGUACUUUAUUUUUCACCCUUCAACUGAUUCCUAUAUAUAUAUAUUAGUGUGUGUGUGUCUGUAUAUAUGAAUAAUCUUUAUCUCUCUACACUAAAAUCUUGUUAUUAAAUGUUAUUUUGCAUUGAAGCCCUUUUUUAUACCAGCAAUGUAGCCUAUAGGAAAAUCCUGUCAUUUUACUGUAUUGACUUACUAAAAUACUACCAGAGAGAAAUGUAAGAAAUGUUCCAUAUUAUGCUAUGACAACUGUUAAUGCUGCUUUUUUUUCGUAGUAUAUUAAUAAACUUCGAAUUAUAGACAAUCA